CACGCACAUAAACCUUAUAAUUCCUUAUUUCUAUUUCUAUAAACUUUCAUAGGAAUUAUUAUGAAAGAUGUCUAAAUUAUUGGGGUCUUUUUAUAUCGAUUCUCUCUAGUGCAGUGGGGGAUUCUUUUGACUUUGAAUAUUUUUCUUCUUUUAUGUCGAUUUUAAUUUUUAUCAGCCAAGACGAUUUUCGAAUAUAUAUCCAAUCUUGAAUGAGCUUCAUUUUUUUUGAUACGUUGGAACGAUCCGUAUAUACGCUAUCUCGGGGCCAGAGAAAUUCCGCAGGCGGGUGGCCGCGUGCGCGGCGAACUUGGCGCGCAUCCGACACACGUCCGCAGUGCGCGAUACCGCGGGCCAGAUGCCAGAUCGCGCGCUUCAGGUUUUGCGCGAUUCAGUUCGCGGUCAGUAUGCGCUUGGUCUGGCACGGUCGCGGAUCGCAGCGUGAGGUGCGAGGCGCGCCGCCCGCGAUGGAGCUGCGCGAGAUGAGCGGCCGCGAGUACGGCACUGCGGAGGAGACGGCGGAGCUCCUGCCGCAGCGCGACAAUGCGUCCGAGUACGAGAGCUACUUCAUCGAGUACGCGAUGCAGAAGGAGAUGAUCAAUCGCAACCGAUGCCCCGCGAGCCGACGAUUACUCAGUCAAGCCGCGCAGCUGGACUUCAAUUUUUCCAAUAGCAAUCACUCCAAGGAUUCACCAUGUGCCGGAAUCACCAUGAUCCACACCUCGAGCGCAAACUGGCCGCCCUCCAGGAAGCGCGAGGAGGCAGUAGCUUUGGAAAACCUCAGGAAGAGGGUAGAGCAAAGCAAAUUGUACAAGGCGGACCGAAUUUCCGAUUCGAUCGUACCUACCCCCUCAAUAAACUACGAACUGACCCCACAACAGCUAGACAAUCGGCCGAAACUUCUGAAGAAGAUACUCAGCAACCGACCGAUGAGUAUCAUGUAUGAUAGCAACGACUUAGUGACCGACUGGCGCGACAGCGAAUUCAUCACCGAGUGCCUUUGCUGGCACAACGUCUAUCGGCAACGGCACAACGCACCCCCGUUGACCAUGUCACCCCAGUUGUGCGAGUACGCUCAAUCUUGGGCGAAUCACCUGGCGCACACGAACACGUUCUAUUAUCGGAAUGAUCGGAACGUAGGUCACAACCUUUAUUGUCGACCCGGCGGCGCGGUACCCGGCGACAUCACGGGACAGGAGGUCGCGGCCUACUGGUACUCCGCCGUGAAACAGUACGACUUCCUCAAGGAACCAGAUAUUCUUCACGCCAACGUAAAUGCGGGUCACUUCACCCAACUGAUAUGGGCAAGAAGCCGUUACUUCGGGGUCGGCAAGGCGUGCAGCAGAAGCGGCAAGGUGAUCGUGGUGGCAAACUACGAGCCGGUGGGCAACGUGUCCGGUCAGUUUCAAAACAAUGUAUUUCCGCCGUUGCCCGAGAAUAUGAACGUAAUGUUGUCACCGCCCACCGUGCGGGUGCCACGGGCGCAAUACGAGCUGCUGAGAUCGACGACACCGUCGUUGCCACCACCGUCGUUACCGCCUCCGUUGUCGGACACCGCGUCCACCGCCAGUGACACAAUGUCCGUCAGCUCCGGCCAAUAAUAUCACGGCCGUGCGAAAUGCCUUCUCUGUAUCUGCGCGCGAUGGGCCGGACGUUGAAGAAAAAAAGGAUAAAGAAAGGCCGACCCUUCACGCGCCGCAAAUCAAAGACUUCGGACAUGCGAAACGCGAUGACCGAUAUUUCUGUUGAUAAAAGCGGAACUUUCAGAAGUCUUUUAUUAAUCCGUUAACGCGCAUCUUUUAAAAAAUUUCGGAAAAGUUUCUUAAAAAUAACUCAAUGAAAUAUGAUUAGAUGUCAGCGCGCUAGCUGAAUUGCUCAUAAAUUCAUUAAGCGAUCGAUUAAUUAUUGGAAAGGUAUUUUUAUCUUAUUGUUUAAUGCAAGUUUAUCUCAAUUCGAUCGUAAAUUUUCCAUAGAAAUAUCGGUCACCAAGUUUUACUGCCAGAUUUCAGCUACCGCUUGCAAAAGCAGUGAUAAUCAAAGAUGUACCGAGCUUCAUCAUGAUAGCUGGUAAUUUGUAAUACAAUUAGAUCAAUCGAGCACAAUCUGCGAUGUAAUUAUUGACAGUGGUGUAACUUUUCGUUCACUUUUCAUUUAUGAGUCUGACAUGAUAAAAAAGUAAUCCGCCAGACAGAAAGGCAGGACAUUUAGAACAAGAAAAAUAAGUAAAAUAAGAAAGGAAGAAAUUGAAGAAAUACUUCAAGAGUGCGAUCAUACAAUCAAAAUUUUGUUAAAAUUUUAAAAAAAGACUAAUUAAUAUGAGAGUAGUGUAAAUAUUUCGUUUUUUCUUGACUUUUUCUUUUAAUUUCUUCUUUUUUGUGCGCAUGAAAAUUAUUUUUUAAAGAGUUACGUCACUGUCUUUAAUAAACUAUAAUAGAAGCUCAAAUUUAGAGUAGCUGUACUUAUUUCCAAUUCAGGAAAGAAAGUUCGAAGCAAUCGAAAGACAGUUUGUAACUUAUUUUCAAAUUUUAUAAGUUUAUUUGCUGAUUAUUCGUUGCAUAUCACGUGCAAAGUGAAAGCUAGGGUUGUUCAGAACAUCCACAGAAGCUCUAUCCAUUUUGUACGUCGGUUUAAAAAUGGCACUCGUUCAAGGGCAACUCUCAGUUGUAAUUAUAUAAGAUAAAUUUGAAAAGCCUAAAGUGAUGAAUUGCGCCUAGCAAGAAGAUGAUACUUUGCACGCACUUUUCCGUCCUAUUAUACUAAAAAUUAAUGGUUUACGGAACGAGGUUUGAAUUUCCUAGCAUUUUUAGCGUUAACGAAUGUUCCUAUCAGGUAGCUAGGAUUAGUAUUCCCCAGAGAUUAAUCUGGAAGAAUCUGGAAAACUUGUGAAAAAUAUUACAAUCAGAACGUAUUAAGCUGCUCAGAAGUGUUCUUGUUAAUCCGAAAACAGCCGGAUGAGAUCUACGAGACUUAAUUCCAAGAAUUUUUAAAAAAGAGACAGUCGAAAAGGAAAAUUUGUGCGAUUUUAUAUGAUAAAUUCUAAAGUUAGAAUGAGAAACGAGAAAAGUUAUUUAGCUCCGUGUAUAUUCGCAUUUUGAGUUUAAAGCUAAAUACAGAAUAAGUUGGUUAAUUGUUAAAUAAGAAUUGUUAAAUAAUUGAAUAACAAUUAAGCAACUGAUAUUAAAUAACUGAAUUAGCUUAAUUGUUCUAGGGCAAAUUGAACAUAACGAAGUCUUUAAUUAUCGAUUACAUAAAUAAUAUAAGAGAGGCAUUCGUUUGAAAGUGACAAUUACCACGAAUCUUUCACUAUCAACAUAGAACAGACGCAAAUACAUACAUGCUACAUCUAAAGUCUGCCAGACUAUUUGAUAAUCAUUAUCGUAUAGAAAAACAACUAGUUGAGCAUAAUUACAUCAAAGCUUUAUAUUUCGCUACCUUGUCAUCGAUAAUUUAAAAAAUGAUGAAAAUCUUUCACGCCUCUAUUAUUCCCCAAUAUAACAGAAAAAAAGAAACGAAUGAAAUAAAUCAAUCAGAUUGGGGAAAAAUCCUUAGAUCAACGUAGUAAUUGCUUCGAAUGUUGUUACAGCGAUUUUAGCACGCCAAAUAAAAAUACCUGAUCUCCAUGUAUGAUGAGAUUGUUAACAAAAUAAUAUUGACUAUUCGAGGGAGAGCUCUCAGGUACGCAAAUUAUUGCGUGAUGAUUCUAGUUUAAUAGCGAUUCUAAGCAAAUUUACAGCGAUUUUUGUAAUUCGAUCCUGUUGACUCUUAAUUUGCUAGAAUAUAUUAAAAAUAGAUUGUUACAAAGCAGAAAUUAUUUUUCGGAUAGAUUGUUGCAGAUAGAAGAUAAAAGAGUACUUUUUCGCUCAUAGUCGACUGAUUAGUACCUCGCUUUCUCAAACGUGAGAAAUAGAAUGUAAUUAAAGUGUAAAUUAAAUCAAGAAAACAUGUUUUAUCUUUUUACAUUAGAUUCUCACUUCUGUAGAAUCUUAUAUAAUAUUAUACAAAACGAUAAAAAUAUUCAUUGAUCGAUCACAUGUGGAAUUACUGUUGAGAAACGAUUUACUUAAUCAACAUUAUUCAAUUAGUUUAAUCGCAUUUUAUGUAAUUUAAUGUGAAAUUAUUGCUCGCGCAAGCUCAUGGUGUAUAAAAUAACGUACGUUCCACAGUAUCGAUAUUUGACAUAGCGCACAGGGUUAAAUAACAACAAUGCUCGAUGUGAUAAGUAAUUAAGUGGCUUUCAUUAAUCUAAGAAUGUUAAAUCAAAUUGUGGCUAUCAAGAGGAUCGACGAGGUUCAAAAAUGUUGUUUCGCUUUCGAAUUUUUCUUUUCGUAUACAGCGCAUGCGAGCUGUUAAAAUGCAAUUUGCAAGUAUUUUGAAGUGUACGCUCACCUGUUGAGACAAUCGAUACGGAGACGUCGUUUCAUUACGUAAUUAAAGACUCUAAUAAUGAUAAUUUAAGAUCGUAGAUUUAUGCACAGGACGAUCAGCAGACAGUAUAAUUUUAAUGAUAGAUUCUUUAAUGAAUUCGAAACCAUUUUUUUCUUUUCAACGAGGUUUUGUUGAAAAGAAAUUACUCCCUUCUUGAUUUGCAUGACUUUGAUAAUUACAUCUCGAUUAUAAUAUUCUUGUUAACAAAUAAUCCAUUUGAAAUUAAUUCGAUCUAUUAUUAAAAUUUAUAUAUAACAGAAUAAAAAUGUAGAAUAUUUUUGUAUAGUUAUAAAUAUAUAUUAAUUCACAAUAAUUAAUCACGCUUAAUUAUCAAUGUAUUCUAGUAAAUUCUAGUAAAUUCAAUCAGAAUAUGUAAAUUAUAGGAAAUGUAUAUGAAAAAAAUCUUACAAAUUAUUUAUUUUAUUAUAAAUCUAUUUUUUAAAUAUAUAUCGAUUUUACUAUUAUCGAUGGUAAUCUAUCGUGUCGGAUCUACCAGAAGCUCACGUAGUUUAUUAUUAUAUAUAGCUUUGGUAAUGUUAACUCUAUUAAAGAUUCAAUUUGUUACCGAUCCCUAUUAAUCGCUUUUUGUAGUAAAAUCGCUUAUGUAUAAAAGCAUCAAAAGUUAAAAGUGGAACGACGUUAAUGUACUCGUUGUUAAAGUACAGGGCAUAGCCUUAAAUAAAUUAAUGAAUUAAAUGCAUUGCAAAUCCAACGUAUUUUAUAACGAUGAAUGUUAAUAAAAUUAUCUCUUUGCAAAAAAAAAAA